AGCGACCUAAACUGAACGCAUGAGCAUAUGACGGCGCCAGUCCUUUGACCCCAUUUUGGACAUCGCAGGACUGUUUUAUACAGCUACUUGCUAAUGUUGAUCAAUUAGCUAUUGCUUUAAUUUGUUGACCGGCCAGAGACACUAUCAUUGCUGGCUAGCUUCCCGACUCAUCUGCCUAGUGGGUCUUAUUUCCUUAGCUGGAUCUUGACAUUGUUCAAGUUGUGGUUGCUAACUAGCUAGCAGCAGGGCCCAUUUUCGAUGCAGAUUGCUUGUUGCGGGAAACUUGCAUUUUCUCGUUGACUCAAUUACCACAGAUACAAUUGAUUAUUCGCCGAGCCUAGGUACUGAGUUGAUUGUCCAUAGUGUCCUUCGGACAAAUGGAUGGCGAAGAGGACGAAUUCUUCUCCGGGAACCACUCUGAUGGUGGUGGCACCCCGGUACAGGACGAACAUGCUCCUGGUUCAGAUGGGGAAGAGGAGAUGAGGAAUGAGCCAUGCCACUCUGAGGAUGAGAAUAAUGAUGGUGAGGGAGCUGCUCAGGCCAUGGAGACAAACGGCGUGGCCAGCGGGUCAGACAACAAGUGCCCCGAACGGGCGGACAGGGACUCUGAAGGGGAGGCCCCUGGGCCUGCAGACAGCGAUAACAAGGAGCAGUCCCCGCCCAAACGGGGAGGCAGCACCUCCGACAUAGAGGAGUCCCCGCCCAAACGGGGAGGCAGCACCUCCGACAUAGAGGAGUCCCCGCCCAAACGGGGAGGCAGCACCUCCGACAUAGAGGAGUCCCCGCCCAAACGGGAGGCAGCACCUCCGCAUAGAGGAGUCCCCGCCCAAACGGGGAGGCAGCACCUCCGACAUAGAGGAGUCCCCGCCCAAACGGGAGGCAGCACCUCCGACAUAGAGGAAUCCCCGCCCAAACGGGGAGGCAGCACCUCCGACAUAGAGGAGUCCCCGCCCAAACGCGGAGGCAGCGACUCCGACAUAGAGGAGUCCCCGCCCAAACGCGGAGGCAGCACCUCCGACAUGGAGGAGUCCCCGCCCAUACGCGGAGGCAGCACCUCCGACAUGGAGGAGUCCCGGCCCAUACGCGGAGGCAGCACCUCCGACAUGGAGGAGUCCCGGCCCAUACGCGGAGGCAGCACCUCCGACAUGGAGGAGUCCCGGCCCAUACGCGGAGGCAGCACCUUCGACAUGGAGGAGAAAGAAACCAAACGGGAUGCAGCCGGGAGCGACUCUGAGAACGAGAAUCGGCCCCCAGCCCGGAGCAGACACUCGUCUGCACGCAGUGACUCUGAGAUUGAGACGCCCAAACACAAAGCGCAGAUAGAGUCUGAUGGAGAGGAAGGCGGCAAGAAUAAAGGGAAGUGGAAGGCUGUAAUGCACUCCGACAGUGAGGAUGAGGUGGAGGCUCAGCCAGCGAAAGCAGCUGCAGGCAGUGACCAGGAGAAGGAGAGUCCCGCAAAACUGGUGGGGGAAGUUAGUGAGGAUGACGACGAGAUGCCAAUGAAGAGGAAGAAAGCCAUCCUGUCAGACAGUGAAGGUGAGGAGGAGAAGGCUGACGAACCAGUGGUGAAGAAGAGCCGCGCCGUGUCUGACGAUGACAACUCCGACAGUGACGCAGGCUCGGAGGCGCCGGACAAAACCAUGGCCAAACUGCGGGAACUGGGAUCAGAAAGCGAAGACGAGGAUGAUGGACAGAAGGUGGAAGGAGGGAAGAAGGACGAGAAAACACUGUUUGGUAGCGACAGUGAUUCAGGCGACGAGGAAGAGAAAAUGAUUGCUGACAUUUUUGGUGACUCUGGCGAUGAAGAGGGGGAAGAGUUUACGGGUUUCAAUCAGGAGGAUCUGGAGGGGGAUAAGAGCCAAUCUCAGGCCUCUGCGAAGAAAGCAAUGGCAGAUGACUCUGACUCUGAUGAGGGCGUGGACAGGGGUGGUGGCCAAGACACCAGUUUCAUGUCGGACUUCGACGUGAUGCUGGCUCGUAAGAAGGCCCAGAGUGGGAAGCGGCGACGGAACCGCGACGGGGGAACGUUCAUCAGUGAUGCUGAUGACGUGGUCAGCGCUAUGAUCACCAAGAUGACAGAAGCUGCAGAGGAGGACAGAACACUGAACGCUCAGAAGAAGCCAGCGUUAAAAAAGCUGACCCUCCUCCCCACUGUAGUUAUGCACCUAAAAAAGCAAGACCUUAAGGAGACGUUCAUCGACAGCGGGGUGAUGUCGGCUAUCAAGGAGUGGAUCGGCCCGUUGCCAGAUAAGAGUCUUCCGGCACUCAAAAUCAGAGAGGAUCUCCUCAAGAUCCUCCAGGAACUCCCCAGUGUGAGCCAGGAGACUCUCAAACACAGCGGGAUAGGUCGAGCCGUCAUGUUCCUAUACAAACACCCCAAGGAGUCGCGCCCCAACAAGGACCUCGCUCUCAAACUCAUCAAUGAGUGGUCCAGGCCCAUCUUUGGCCUGACGUCUAACUACAAGGGCAUGACGCGCGAGGAGAGACAACAGAGAGACCUCGACCAGCAAAUGCCGCAAAAAAGACGCCUCAGCUCAGGGGGACAGACUCCUCAUAGAGACCUGGAGAAAGUGCUGACGGGAGAAGAGAAAGCUCUGCGCCCAGGCGACCCUGGGUUCUGUGCCCGGGCCAGGGUGCCCAUGCCAUCCAACAAGGACUACGUUGUGCGGCCCAAAUGGAACGUGGAGAGCGAGUCCAGAGCAGCCCCGGUUAAGAAGGGCAUGUCACGGGUGGACAAACAGUUGCGUCGCUUCGCUGACAUAAAGCGUAUGACGAAGACGGGCCACGCGGUGAAGAUCAGCGUCCAGGGCAACCGGAUGCCCCUCUAAUUUAAAUGUUCUCUUUUUUUUCUUUUUUCUUUUUUUACCAUUUUCGGCUAGGUUGUAAGCAUAGCAUUCAAUACAUAGCUUUUACUAAUCUAAUAAUAUCAGAGCUGUGAUUAUUCCAAGGAAGGAAGGGAGGAUGGAAGGAUGCAAUUAUUUAAAUCAUUUGAUUAGGGCCCGGAUCCCAGUUCUGUGUGCUUUAGCCAACUCCUCUAACUUGACGAUGGUGCAUGACGAUGGUCAAAGCGGUUUGUUGAAGCACAUAGAUGAGACCAUGCUAUCAUCAAACCCCCUCAGGCCAGCCUGAAUGUAUGAUAGUGGUGUGGCUUCACCUAGUGGUGUUGGCCUUCGGUCCUCUAGAGAUUCAAUACGGAGUGUGGAAGAUUGGUGUUAAAGCACGAUUUUAAGGUAAUUUCCAGUUGUGUCGACAUGCAGCGUAUACUGAACGUUGGCCUUAAAUUUCUAUAGCGCGGAUUUUCCAUGCUCUGUAUUGAAUGUACGUUAGGCCUUUGUUUUACUUUGUUUCUGAAGAAGCUGUACAGACGUAGGAGCUGCCUGUAUGCCUUGACUGUGUGCCGGUUGUUUCCGAAGUUACUUUCAUAAUAAAGAGGGUUUCACCAGA